AUGGACAAAGGUAAAGCAGUGAUGGGUACUGGUCGGAGAUGGGCCGUCGAAUUCUCCGAUCAAUCUACUGUUCCUUCUUCCCGCGACAUCCUCGAUCCCCCUGGCUUCUCUCGUGCUUCUCCGGAACAGGAUGAUUCAGCAACCAGUCGUCAAAAGAAAGAUGCUGAAGCUAAUUGGAAACUUCAGAAAGCAUGGGAAGUAGCGCAAUCUCCAUUUAAGAAUUUGAUGAUGAUGGGUUUUAUGAUGUGGAUGGCUGGAAACACAGUGCAUCUCUUCAGCAUUGGUAUUACAUUCUCGGCUCUUUGGCAGCCGAUCAGCGCUCUCCAGAGCGUUGGAAAGAGUAAGUUUCCUUCACUGCAUUCGUUCUUCUUCGCCUAA